AAACCCUAACUUACACAGAAAGAGAAAAAAAACAAAAACCAUGAAACUCCUCCUCCUUCUCCUCCUCCUCCUCCUCCACAUUUCUCAUUCCUUAACCGUAGCUAAACCAAUCACCGAGCUCAACGCUCUUCUCUCACUCAAAUCCUCCCUCACCAUCGACGAACACUCACCUCUCACCUCAUGGAACCUUUCAACAACCUUCUGUUCAUGGACCGGUGUCACGUGCGACGUCACUCGCCGCCACGUGACCUCUCUCGACCUCUCUGGUCUUAACCUCUCCGGAACUCUCUCCUCCGACGUAGCUCAUUUACCUCUCUUACAGAACCUAUCCCUCGCUGCUAAUCAGAUCUCAGGUCCUAUUCCGCCGGAAAUCUCCAAUCUCUAUGAGCUUCGUCAUCUCAAUCUCUCCAAUAAUGUCUUCAACGGUUCAUAUCCCGAUGAACUCUCCUCUGGAUUGGUGAAUCUCCGUGUUCUCGAUUUGUAUAACAACAACUUAACCGGAGAUUUACCGGUUUCAAUCACUAAUCUGACACAGCUCCGGCAUCUUCAUCUCGGUGGGAAUUACUUCUCCGGUAAAAUCCCGGCGACGUACGGAACCUGGCCUGUUCUCGAGUAUCUAGCAGUUUCCGGUAACGAGCUAAUCGGAAAAAUCCCUCCGGAGAUCGGAAACCUAACGACUCUUCGUGAACUCUACAUCGGAUAUUACAACGCUUUUGAAGAUGGUCUUCCACGGGAGAUUGGAAAUUUAUCAGAGCUUGUUCGGUUCGACGCUGCUAAUUGUGGUUUAACCGGUGAGAUUCCACCGGAGAUUGGGAAGCUUCAGAAGCUAGAUACGUUGUUUCUUCAAGUAAAUGCGUUUUCAGGGACAUUAACUUCAGAGCUGGGAUUAAUCUCAAGCUUGAAAUCAAUGGAUUUGUCUAACAAUAUGUUUACCGGUGAGAUUCCGGCGAGUUUUUCACAGCUGAAGAACUUAACGUUGUUGAAUCUCUUCAGGAAUAAGCUAUACGGUGCUAUACCGGAGUUCAUCGGUGAAAUGCCGGAGCUAGAAGUGUUACAGCUAUGGGAGAACAAUUUCACCGGUGGUAUUCCUCAGAAAUUGGGGGAAAAUGGUAGAUUAGUGAUUCUUGACCUCUCUUCGAACAAACUCACCGGAACUUUGCCGCCGAAUAUGUGCUCCGGUAAUCGGUUAAUGACAUUAAUCACUCUCGGUAACUUCUUGUUUGGUUCAAUACCGGAUUCGCUUGGCAAAUGUGAGUCUUUGACCCGGAUCCGAAUGGGUGAGAAUUUCCUCAACGGGUCGAUUCCGAAGGGGCUUUUCGGGUUACCCAAAUUAUCUCAAGUGGAGCUCCAAGAUAAUUACCUCACCGGAGAGUUACCAAUAAGUGGAGGCGUCUCUGGUGACCUUGGUCAGAUUAGUCUGUCUAAUAACCAGCUCUCUGGUCCAUUACCUGCUGCUAUUGGAAACUUCUCCGGUGUUCAAAAACUGCUCCUAGAUGGUAACAAGUUUGCUGGUCCCAUUCCACCGGAGAUUGGGAGGCUUCAGCAGCUAUCUAAGCUGGAUUUUAGCCAUAAUCUGUUUUCGGGUCGGAUUGCACCGGAGAUAAGUCGUUGUAAGCUGCUAACGUUUGUUGAUCUGAGUCGUAAUGAGCUCUCAGGUGAUAUUCCUAAAGAAAUCACUGGUAUGAGGAUCUUGAAUUACUUGAAUCUUUCAAGAAACCAUCUCGUUGGUUCGAUACCUGUGACGAUAGCAUCAAUGCAGAGUUUGACAUCGGUUGAUUUCUCUUACAACAAUCUCUCUGGUCUAGUUCCGAGCACUGGACAGUUUAGUUACUUCAAUUACACAUCCUUCUUGGGUAAUUCUGAUCUUUGUGGUCCGUAUUUGGGUCCUUGCGGCAAAGGAACUCACCAGUCUCAUGUUAAACCUCUAUCUGCUACUACAAAACUGUUACUCGUCCUUGGAUUGCUCUUUUGUUCGAUGGUGUUUGCUAUAGUGGCCAUAAUCAAAGCUCGGUCCUUGAGAAAUGCGAGUGACGCCAAAGCCUGGAGAUUAACUGCUUUCCAGAGACUAGACUUCACUUGUGACGAUGUCUUGGACUCUCUCAAGGAAGACAACAUCAUCGGUAAAGGCGGUGCCGGGAUUGUCUACAAAGGCAGUAUGCCUAACGGCGACCUAGUCGCAGUCAAGAGAUUGGCUACAAUGUCCCAUGGAUCUUCCCACGAUCACGGGUUCAACGCCGAGAUUCAGACGCUAGGUAGAAUCAGACACAGGCAUAUCGUGAGACUGCUUGGGUUUUGCUCCAACCACGAAACGAAUCUCCUAGUGUACGAGUACAUGCCUAAUGGUAGCCUUGGAGAGGUUCUUCAUGGAAAGAAAGGAGGUCAUUUACAUUGGGACACACGUUAUAAGAUAGCUCUUGAAGCAGCCAAGGGUCUUUGCUAUCUCCAUCACGAUUGUUCCCCGUUGAUUGUUCAUAGAGAUGUUAAAUCCAACAACAUCCUCCUCGAUUCCAACUUCGAAGCACAUGUCGCCGACUUUGGUCUCGCCAAAUUCUUACAAGAUUCCGGUACUUCUGAAUGUAUGUCCGCCAUCGCCGGCUCUUACGGCUACAUAGCUCCAGAGUACGCGUAUACACUGAAGGUAGAUGAGAAGAGCGAUGUGUAUAGUUUCGGUGUUGUUCUUCUAGAACUCAUCACUGGGAAAAAACCCGUCGGAGAAUUUGGCGACGGCGUUGAUAUUGUUCAAUGGGUUAGAAGCAUGACGGAUUCAAAUAAAGAUUGUGUGCUCAAAGUAAUUGAUCUUAGACUCUCUUCUGUACCAGUUCACGAAGUAACACAUGUCUUCUACGUUGCGUUGCUCUGCGUUGAAGAACAAGCGGUGGAGAGGCCGACGAUGCGUGAAGUCGUUCAGAUUCUCACUGAGAUCCCAAAGAUCCCUCAUUUGAAGCAGCAGGCGGCGGAAUCAGACGUGUCGGAGAAAGCUCCGGCGAUGAUUGAAUCGUCGCCGGAUUCAGGAAGUCCACCGGAUCUUUUAAGUAAUUAGACUUUCCGGCAAUUGGGUUUGGUCAUCGAGUUAAUUACUUAAUUGGGUUUGGUCAUCGAGUUAAUUACUUAAUUACCCCUCCUUGUCUGAUUCGGUUAAGGCAACAACAAUUAGUGGUUUAACUCUUAAGGUUGUCUUAUUUCUUUUAAUGCUGCCACAAAAUAUUCGAGUAGUUUUUAUCCUUUGGUAGGAAUUUUGAAUAUGUACAUUAAGGUUUGAUUUCACAAGAUAAAUGUUAAUUUCAAGAAAUUUCGAAUUUGGCA